AUGGAAAAACUGCUCCUGUCUAAAGGAUAUCAACUUGGGAACACGAUCGGGGAGGGGACUUAUUCCAAAGUGAAGGAAGCUUACUGCAGAGAUCAGCAGAGGAAAGUGGCCAUCAAAAUCAUCAACCGACAGACAGUACCAAAGGAUUUCAUCCACAAAUUUCUCCCACGAGAGCUGCAAAUAGUACAGAACUUGGAUCACAAAAAUAUCAUAAAGGUUCACGAAAUCUGGGAGAGUGACGAUGGCAAGAUCUGUAUAAUCAUGGAACUAGCGGAAGGUGGGGAUGUUCUGGAACACAUCAAAAAGGAAGGGCCGUUACCAGAAGAACUGGCAAAAACCUUAUUCCGUCAACUUGUAGCAGCAAUUCGAUAUUGUCACGACUGUGGUAUUGCUCAUCGAGACCUGAAAUGUGAAAACACGCUUCUGGAUAAAAGUUUCAAUGUGAAAUUGGCAGACUUCGGCUUCGCUAAGAAUUUCCGGACCGGGACAGCUGAGUUAAGCAAAACAUUCUGCGGCAGCACAGCUUACGCUGCACCCGAGGUUCUCCAGGGAGUUCCACAUGAGAGCAUCAAGAGUGAUAUCUGGAGUAUGGGCAUUGUGUUAUACAUCAUGCUGUGCGGACACCUGCCUUUCGAUGACUCCAACAUUCCCAAGAUGUUGUGGCUGCAGCAGAACGGGGUGGCGUUCCCACAGCACCUGGAGCUGAGCCGAGAAUGUAGAGACCUUGUUGGAAGAUUGUUGGAACCCGAUUGCAGUCUGAGACCUCCAAUCCAGGAGGUCUGCUUCCAUCCGUGGUUAUCAGACAGCCAAUAA